AUGCCAUCCCACCAUCUCUGCUCCUCAUCCCAUCCCACCAUCUCUGCUCCUCAUCCCAUCCCACCAUCUCUGCUCCUCAUCCCAUCCCACCAUCUCUGCUCCUCAUCCCAUCCCACCAUCUCUGCUCCUCAUCCCAUCCCACCGUCUCUCCUCGUCAUCGCAUCCCACCAUCUCUGCUCCUCAUCCCAUCCCACCAUCUCUGCUCCUCAUCCCAUCCCACCAUCUCUGCUCCUCAUGCCAUCCCACCAUCUCUGCUCCUCAUCCCAUCCCACCGUCUCUGCUCCUCAUCCCAUCCCACCGUCUCACCUCAUCAUCCCAUCCCACCAUUUCUGCUCCUCAUCCCAUCCCACCAUCUCUGCUCCUCAUCCCAUCCCACCAUCUCUGCACCUCAUCCCAUCCCACCAUCUCUGCUCCUCAUCCCAUCCCACCGUCUCUGCUCCUCAUCCCAUCCCACCAUCUCUGCUCCUCAUCCCAUCCCACCAUCUCUGCUCCUCAUCCCAUCCCACCAUCUCUGCUCCUAAUCCCAUCCCACCAUCUCUGCUCCUCAUCCCAUCCCACCGUCCCUGCUCCUCAUUCCAUCCCACCAUCUCUGCUCCUCAUCCGAUCCCACCAUCUCUGCUCCCCAUCCCAUCCCACCAUCUCUGCUCCUCAUCCCAUCCCACCAUCUCUGCUCCUCAUCCCAUCCCACCAUCUCUGCUCCUCAUCCGAUCCCACCAUCUCUGCUCCUCAUCCAAUCCCACCGUCUCUGCUCCUCAUCCCAUCCCACCAUCUCUGCUCCUCAUUCCAUCUCACCAUCUCUGCUCCUCAUCCCAUCCCACCAUCUCUGCUCCUCAUCCAAUCCCACCAUCUCUGCUCCUCAUCCCAUCCCACCAUCUCUGCUCCUCAUCCCAUCCCACCAUCUCUGCUCCUCAUCCCAUCCAACCAUCUCUGCUCCUCAUCCCAUCCCACCGUCUCUCCUCAUCAUCCCAUCCCACCAUCUCUGCUCCUCAUCCCAUCCCACCAACUCUGCUCCUCAUCCCAUCCCACCAUCUCUGCUCCUCAUCCCAUCCCACCAUCUCUGCUCCUCAUGCCAUCCCACCAUCUCUGCUCCUCAUCCCAUCCCACCGUCUCUGCUCCUCAUCCCAUCCCACCGUCUCUCCUCAUCAUCCCAUCCCACCAUCUCUGCUCCUCAUCCCAUCCCACCAUCUCUGCUCCUCAUCCCAUCCCACCAUCUCUGCUCCUCAUCCCAUCCCACCAUCUCUGCUCCUCAUCCCAUCCCACCGUCUCUGCUCCUCAUCCCAUCCCACCAUCUCUGCUCCUCAUCCCAUCCCACCAUCUCUGCUCCUCAUCCCAUCCCACCGUCUCUCCUCGUCAUCGCAUCCCACCAUCUCUGCUCCUCAUCCCAUCCCACCAUCUCUGCUCCUCAUCCCAUCCCACCAUCUCUGCUCCUCAUGCCAUCCCACCAUCUCUGCUCCUCAUCCCAUCCCACCGUCUCUGCUCCUCAUCCCAUCCCACCGUCUCACCUCAUCAUCCCAUCCCACCAUUUCUGCUCCUCAUCCCAUCCCACCAUCUCUGCUCCUCAUCCCAUCCCACCAUCUCUGCACCUCAUCCCAUCCCACCAUCUCUGCUCCUCAUCCCAUCCCACCGUCUCUGCUCCUCAUCCCAUCCCACCAUCUCUGCUCCUCAUCCCAUCCCACCAUCUCUGCUCCUAAUCCCAUCCCACCAUCUCUGCUCCUCAUCCCAUCCCACCGUCCCUGCUCCUCAUUCCAUCCCACCAUCUCUGCUCCUCAUCCGAUCCCACCAUCUCUGCUCCCCAUCCCAUCCCACCAUCUCUGCUCCUCAUCCCAUCCCACCAUCUCUGCUCCUCAUCCCAUCCCACCAUCUCUGCUCCUCAUCCGAUCCCACCAUCUCUGCUCCUCAUCCCAUCCCACCGUCUCUGCUCCUCAUCCCAUCCCACCAUCUCUGCUCCUCAUUCCAUCUCACCAUCUCUGCUCCUCAUCCCAUCCCACCAUCUCUGCUCCUCAUCCAAUCCCACCAUCUCUGCUCCUCAUCCCAUCCCACCAUCUCUGCUCCUCAUCCCAUCCCACCAUCUCUGCUCCUCAUCCCAUCCAACCAUCUCUGCUCCUCAUCCCAUCCCACCGUCUCUCCUCAUCAUCCCAUCCCACCAUCUCUGCUCCUCAUCCCAUCCCACCAACUCUGCUCCUCAUCCCAUCCCACCAUCUCUGCUCCUCAUCCCAUCCCACCAUCUCUGCUCCUCAUGCCAUCCCACCAUCUCUGCUCCUCAUCCCAUCCCACCGUCUCUGCUCCUCAUCCCAUCCCACCGUCUCUCCUCAUCAUCCCAUCCCACCAUCUCUGCUCCUCAUCCCAUCCCACCAUCUCUGCUCCUCAUCCCAUCCCACCAUCUCUGCUCCUCAUCCCAUCCCACCAUCUCUGCUCCUCAUCCCAUCCCACCGUCUCUGCUCCUCAUCCCAUCCCACCAUCUCUGCUCCUCAUCCCAUCCCACCAUCUCUGCUCCUCAUCCCAUCCCACCGUCUCUCCUCGUCAUCGCAUCCCACCAUCUCUGCUCCUCAUCCCAUCCCACCAUCUCUGCUCCUCAUCCCAUCCCACCAUCUCUGCUCCUCAUGCCAUCCCACCAUCUCUGCUCCUCAUCCCAUCCCACCGUCUCUGCUCCUCAUCCCAUCCCACCGUCUCACCUCAUCAUCCCAUCCCACCAUUUCUGCUCCUCAUCCCAUCCCACCAUCUCUGCUCCUCAUCCCAUCCCACCAUCUCUGCACCUCAUCCCAUCCCACCAUCUCUGCUCCUCAUCCCAUCCCACCGUCUCUGCUCCUCAUCCCAUCCCACCAUCUCUGCUCCUCAUCCCAUCCCACCAUCUCUGCUCCUCAUCCCAUCCCACCAUCUCUGCUCCUAAUCCCAUCCCACCAUCUCUGCUCCUCAUCCCAUCCCACCGUCCCUGCUCCUCAUUCCAUCCCACCAUCUCUGCUCCUCAUCCGAUCCCACCAUCUCUGCUCCCCAUCCCAUCCCACCAUCUCUGCUCCUCAUCCCAUCCCACCAUCUCUGCUCCUCAUCCCAUCCCACCAUCUCUGCUCCUCAUCCGAUCCCACCAUCUCUGCUCCUCAUCCCAUCCCACCGUCUCUGCUCCUCAUCCCAUCCCACCAUCUCUGCUCCUCAUUCCAUCUCACCAUCUCUGCUCCUCAUCCCAUCCCACCAUCUCUGCUCCUCAUCCCAUCCCACCAUCUCUGCUCCUCGUCCCAUCCCACCAUCUCUGCUCCUCAUCCCAUCCCACCAUCUCUGCUCCUCAUCCCAUCCAACCAUCUCUGCUCCUCAUCCCAUCCCACCGUCUCUCCUCGUCAUCCCAUCCCACCAUCUCUGCUCCUCAUCCCAUCCCACCAACUCUGCUCCUCAUCCCAUCCCACCAUCUCUGCUCCUCAUGCCAUCCCACCAUCUCUGCUCCUCAUCCCAUCCCACCGUCUCUGCUCCUCAUCCCAUCCCACCGUCUCUCCUCAUCAUCCCAUCCCACCAUCUCUGCUCCUCAUCCCAUCCCACCAUCUCUGCUCCUCAUCCCAUCCCACCAUCUCUGCUCCUCAUCCCAUCCCACCAUCUCUGCUCCUCAUCCCAUCCCACCUCCCACCAUCUCCACUCCUCAUCCCUUCCCACCAUAUCUGCUCCUCAUCCCAUCCCACCAUCUCUGCUCAUCAUCCCAUCCCACCAUCUCUCCUCAUCAUCCCAUCCCACCAUCUCUGCUCCUCAUCCCAUCCCACCAUCUCUGCUCAUCAUCUCAUCCCACCAUCUCUCCUCAUCAUCCCAUCCCACCAUCUCUGCUCCUCAUCCCAUCCCACCAUCUCUGCUCCUCAUCCCAUCCGACCAUCUCUCCUCCUCAUCCCAUCCCACCAUCUCUGCUCCUCAUCCUAUCCCACCAUCUCUGCUCCUCAUCCCAUCCCACCAUCUCUUCUCCUCAUCCCAUCCCACCAUCUCUGCUCCUCAUCCCAUCCCACCAUCUCUGCUUCUCAUCCCAUCCCAUCAUCUCUCCUAAUCAUCCCAACCAGCCAUCUCUACACCUCAUCCCAUCCCACCAUCUCUACUCCUCAUCACAUCCCACCAUCCCUGCUCCUCAUCCCAUCUUACCAUCUCUGCUCUCCAUCCCAUCCCGCCACCUCUGCUCCUCAACCAAUCCCAACAUCUCUGCUCCCCAUCCCAUCCCACCAUCUCUGCUCCUCAUCCCAUCCCACCAUCUCUGCUCCUCAACCCAACCCACCACCUCUGCUCCUCAUCCCAUCCCACCAUCUCUGCUCCUCAUCCCAUCCCACCAUCUUUGGUGCAGCAGAACUGGGACGUGGCCACGGACUCGUGCGUUUCGCAGACGACCGAAUAGGGGAUGCGUUGAUGAAUUGUGAAGCUGUCGUGGGGUUGACGUGA